AUGAGAGUAAGGGCAACACCAGGAAAGGGGAUUCAUUCACCUGCUUGUGAUAGACUUAGGGCUAACCCCGACUCUACGGUUGAAAGAGUAGGUGGUGCUACGUCUUUAUGCUUCUUUCUUUUGCUGCUGAUCUCACAUCGAGAACAACUCCUUGUUCAAGGCAGAUGAUCCUCCGAUUGAGAAAUCAGUAAAGCGGGAGGCCCCUCGACUCACCUCUCUAUCUAUAAAACCCUCCCCAGAGGAGAACUGAAGCUCCAGGAUGAGUAUGUCCUAGAUUCCCGGAUUCAUUCUCGUUCUGAUCUACCAUAGAAUUUUCAGAAUCUACAAAAACAUUAUAAGAGAGGGCUCGUAAUGAUCUUUGAGAAGAUCAAAAGGUGCUGAA